AGAGCAGAGCUGCCCAAGACCCUGACUGACAUGUACUCACACUUCCUGCUGGUUCAGAUAAAGAAGAAAAAGCACAAAUACUCUGAAGGGCAUGGGACAGGUGUACAGAAGCUUACCAAUGCUGACAGGGAAGUUCUUCUGAAGUUGGGGCAGCUGGCAUUUGAACAUCUGGAGAAAGAAAACAUCGUUUUCUACCAAGAAGACUUGGAGCAGUGUGGUCUGGAUGUCACAGAGGUCUUGGUGUACUCAGGAGUUUGUACAGAGAUCUUCAAAGAAGAAUCUGUGAUCUUCCAGAAACCAGUUUACUGCUUUGUUCAUCUGAGCAUUCAGGAGUUUCUGGCUGCAGUCUACAUGUUCCACUGUUACACCAACAGGAAGACAGAGGUGCUGCAGGACUUCCUUAGCAAAGACAUCUCAUCUCUGGAAGAUCUUUUGAGCAAUGCCAUGGAGAAAUCUUUCCUAAGUGACAGCGGCUACCUGGAACUGUUUGUUCGCUUCCUUCAUGGCCUCACUCUGAAGUCCAACCAGAGACUCUUAGGUGGUCUGCUGGGUCAGACAAAGAGCAGUCCACAAAUCAUCCAGAGAGUCAUCAACAACCUGAAGGAGAUUAAAACUUAUGAUAAGUGUCCUGACAGAAGCCUCAACAUCUUCCACUGUCUAAUGGAGAUGAAUGACCUUUCGGUACAUCGGGAGAUCCAAGAGUUCCUGAAGUCAGAGAACAAAUCAGUGAAGAAACUCUCUGGAAUUCAGUGCUCAGCUCUGGCAUAUAUGCUGCAGAUGUCAGAGGAGGUUUUGGAUGAGUUGGAUCUGAUGAAAUACAACACAUCACAGGAGGGACGACAGAGACUUGUUGCAGCUGUGAGGAACUGCAGAAAGGCUCGACUUCAUGAUGUUUGGCUCUCAGAGAAUCACUGUAAAACUGUGACCUCAGCUCUGAUAUGCAACAACUCCAAUCUGAGAGCGCUGCAGCUGAGUUCAAUCAAGCUGCGGGAUUCAGAAGAGGCACUGUUUGCUAGUCUGGGGCAUCCAAACUGCAGACUGGAGACACUCAGAUUUGAGAACAGCACUUUGCCAGAGAACAGCUGUGCUGCUCUGCUCAGUGCUCUGAAGUCCAACCCCCCCUAUCUAAAACGUCUGGAUCUAAUAGCAUGCAACCUGGAGGGCGCAGGGAUGAAACAGCUGUAUGAUUACCUGGAGAGUCCACACUGCAAACUACAGUUUAAAAGAGUGACUUCAAUUUAGAUGCUG